AUGGCUGAAAACCAAACAGUCCGUUUCGGCAUUAUAGGAUGUGCCGGCAUAGCUAGAAAAGUGGCUCGAGCCAUAAAGCUCGCACCGAAUUCCACCCUCUACGCCGUUGCCAGCCGUUCGAUCGAGAAAGCCCAGAAAUUCGCAGGCAACAACGGAUUAUCCGGGACCGUCAAGACCUACGGGAGCUAUGAUCAGCUGCUGGAUGACCCAUGUGUAGAUGCAGUGUACAUGCCCCUUCCCACCAGUCUUCAUCUGCACUGGGCAGUGUUAGCUGCCCAAAAGAAGAAGCACUUGCUGCUGGAAAAACCAACGGCUCUUGAUGUGGGUGAGCUCGAUCAGAUAUUGGAAGCAUGUGAAUCCAACGGUGUACAGUUCAUGGAUGGGAUCAUGUGGCUGCAUCACCCGAGGACAGCCAAAUUGAAGGAGUUCAUCUCUGAAUCGAACCAUUUUGGUCAAAUUAACAUUAUCCGUAGCACAUCGACAAAGCCAGCAACCCAGGAAUUUCGGGAGAGCAACAUAAGAGUGAAACCGGACUUGGAUGCUCUCGGUGCGCUUGGGGACCUAGGCUGGUACUGCAUUGGGGCCAUCUUGUGGGCAAAGGACUACAAAUUACCAACUCUAGUGAAUGCUCUGCCUGAUGUCACCAAAACUCUGCAGGGGUCAUCUUGUCUUGCACUGCAUCAUUUCAUUGGGAACCAUUAG